GAUUGGACGGUUAGCCCUCCAAGUUCUGAAUGAGAUACACGGCAAUGUUAUCUCACCAAAAACAAGACUUUAAAAUUGUUGUGUCAGGAACGUAUGACAAUAUAGCUGAAGUGGCUUGUUUUUCUUUGCAUGUAGCCUAUGUUUUUUGAGGUACCCGAGUACUAGCUAAUGCGUAUUUCUCUUAAUUCAUGGAAAGAAAACGUUCAUUCAUAUCUGAAAUAAGGCCCCCUGCAAUGUCUGACGACAGCCAGAACACUGGAGGCUAGCGUCUCAAUCAGGUCCCCCUUAUCUCACAUGACACGACUUUCUGGCAGCCAUGGAUGGUGCUUCAAAGGUCAAAGGUCAGCAGGAGGAAGGAGACGAGGACAGGGACCAGUCCAAGCUGAAGCCGCAGGGGCGGUACAUUUCGGUUGUCACCAACCGAACGGUGUACCUGGUCAUCCGUGGGGUGAUGCUUUUCUCAGUGGGCGUCUUCCUGGCCCUGGUGCUCAACCUGAUGCAGGUCCAGAGGAACGUCACCCUCUUCCCGCCCGACGUCAUUGGGAGCAUCUUCUCGUCCGCGUGGUGGAUGCCCCCCUGCUGCGGAACAGCCUCAGCGAUGGUGGGCCUGCUGUACCCCUGCAUUGACGGUCGCCUGGGCGGGCCCCACGGGUUCAAGCGCGAGUGGUCCAGCGUGAUGCGCUGCAUCGCCGUCUUCGUGGGCAUCAACCACGCCAGCGCCAAAGUGGAUUUCGCAAACAACUUCCAGCUGUCGCUCACCCUGGCCGCCCUGUCGGUGGGGCUGUGGUGGACGUUUGACCGCUCGCGCAGCGGAUUUGGACUUGGCGUCAGCAUCGCCUGCCUCGCCACCCUUGCCACCCAGCUGUUGGUGCACAAUGGAGUUUUUCAGUAUACUUCUCCAGAUUUUCUCUACAUACGCUCCUGGCUGCCAUGCAUCUUCUUUGCUGGAGUAAUAACCAUGGGAAACAUAGGACGUCAGCUUGCAAUGUAUGAAUGCACAGUUGUUCAGGAGAAGACUCAUGAAGACUAAUGAAGCUGACAUCAUCAACCUUUAACUGCAUUUUUUUACUGGGUAUUUGCCAAAUUGCAAACGGGUGUAUGUAUAUAUAGUUUCUUCACUUGGUCUGAAUAUGUGAAAUUGCAAGAAGUGUGUGUGUAUGUGUGUAUGUGUGUGUGUGUGAAGGAGAGAGAGAGAAAGCAAGCGACUGAGAGCGUGUGCCAGAAACUACAAUGCAAUCUGUGAUUGCAGCUUUACAAUGUAAAAUGAUGUAACAACUCUGAAAGGUUUCUGACACUUUUGGCUGCAUGUUGCCAAACAGACUUUCAGGAGACAUUCAUUCAUCUGGACUUGUGCAUACAUAUACUGUAGCUUCGGGAGGCUUGGCUGUGCCCUCUGUUGGUAGGCUAUACCUUGUUAUGUAGGAUAUAUGCUUUCUUUGCAAUAUUCUGUUUAGUGUUGUAGGUCUUUAUUUGAUGAAUAUAUAAGAAUAAUUUAUUUCACAGUGUAAAAUGGGGCUUUGUAUUCCACCUGGCACAAUAACAAGGUAAUGUGUAUAGCCUCUCAGGUUAUACUCAAAAGACUGGAUAUGUGAUUAAUUGGAAUUCUGGUAUUCUAUAACUUCUGGUCGCAAUAAUUUCUCAACAUAAAAAGCAUCAAAAACUAAAAUAUGAACUACUUUUAUUAUUGUUGUUUUAUUGAUUAUAAUCACAGUACACUUGUCACAGACAGUGUUAAAUACAAUAAAAUAUGCAUAAUAAUAAUAAUAAUCUCACAUGUGCAUCUUACAGGCUGCUCAACGUCUCUAACUCCCACAGUUCCACACAAAUGUUUAGAUCACUUGAGGACCACUCAGAUCAGGGGGUCUGGUCAUUAGGGAUACAGGAGGAGGCGGGGCUUCGUUUGUGUAGGUAUGCAGCCUGUCACAUCAGCGUGAAAGGAAUCCAUUUGAUGUAAUUAGCUCAUUAACUUAUCUGGAAAUCUCAUCAUUUUAACAUGUUCCACUUUUUUAAUAAUGAGGUUAAUCAGUAGAGAGGAAUGACAUUUAAAGAAGACACUCUCGCAUGUUUGUAAAAGGAUAGUGUUUUUAUGUGGAACUUGAAUGAUAAUUUAGCCCUUGCAUGGUAAGUAUUAGCUCAUGCAAAUAUUAGCUUUUUUCUAAACACAAACAAUGUAUAAAAAAAUGACUGGAGGCCAUCUCGCCAGGAGAGAUGCCUGGGCCCGCUGCAGUUCUUUAACAGUGAAGAGGGGCCUUUGUCAGUUAGAGAACUUUUAAUUUCCACUUCAUUCUUUCAAUUCCAUGAUGUUUCGGAAAGGAUGGAGGCUUUAACUGAUGAUUGUUUUCUAAUGAUUUUUCUCCAUUAAGAGAAAGGAUUUUGCGUAAAUAUCUCUAGGUGCUAAGGUGCUAAUAUUAGGUUUGGGAUGAAAUGGGUUGUGUGAAGCACUUAUUUUGUUAGAAUGCUGUGUCAAAUGAAAUUUGAUUGAUUGCUGAUAGACUAGUUUUGGUUAUUUUAUUAUUUCCCUGUGCGUGGGCAGGUGAGACUUUUGUUUGAUCUGGCACUUUUAAGUUCCACAAUCAGACUUGUAGAAUGAAAAAAAAAAAAAAAAAACUUGUGUUGACUGAU